GCGAAGGUGGGAGGAUCGGGGAUGGGCAAGGAAGGUUGGCAGCGGCCUGUGGAGGCGGAGUCCGGCGCCCAGGCGGCGCGGGAUAUAAGGAAGAUGUCUCUCGCUGGCAGGGCUGGCACCGAGCGAGUCCCCGACGGCUGCGGAGAGCAAGGGAGCUUUCGGGAGCGGCCAGGAGGAUGGAGAUGUACAGCAAAGCGGAGACCCUCGAACUGCGGAAGAAACACAUCGGGCCAUCAUGCAAAGUUUUCUUUGCUAAAGAUCCCAUUAAGAUUGUGCGGGCUCAUGGACAAUACAUGUUCGAUGAGAAUGGAGAAAAAUACUUGGAUUGCAUUAACAAUGUAGCACAUGUUGGACACAGCCAUCCUGAUGUAGUCAAGGCUGCAGUGAAACAAAUGGAGCUGCUUAAUACCAAUUCUCGAUUCCUGCAUGACAGUCUGGUCCAGUAUGCCAAACGCCUCACAGCUACCCUACCAGAGAAGCUUUCCGUUUGCUACUUUGUGAACUCUGGCUCUGAAGCAAAUGACCUUGCUUUGCGCCUGGCUCGGCAGUAUAGUGGUCACUAUGAUGUGAUAACCCUUGACCACGCCUAUCAUGGUCACUUGACCUCCUUGAUUGAUAUCAGUCCAUAUAAAUUUAAUCAGCUGGGAAAAGAGGCCAAAAAGGAAUUUAUACAUGUGGCACCUUCCCCAGAUAUUUACAGAGGAAAGUAUAGAGAAGACCAUGAAGAUUCAGCAGGUGCUUAUGCUGAUGAAGUGAGAAAUAUUAUUGAAAAAGCUCAAAAGAAUGGCCGUAAGAUUGCUGCCUUUAUUGCUGAAUCCAUGCAGAGUUGUGGAGGCCAAAUAAUUCCACCUGCAGGCUAUUUCCAGGAAGUGGCGCAAUUUGUCCACAAAGCAGGAGGAGUUUUCAUAGCAGAUGAAGUCCAAGUUGGAUUUGGUCGGGUUGGGAAGAAUUUCUGGGCAUUCCAGCUACAAGGUGAAGACUUUGUGCCUGACAUUGUCACCAUGGGGAAGCCCAUUGGCAAUGGCCACCCAAUGUCUUGUGUUGUUACAACAAGAGAAAUUGCAGAAACCUUUGGUGCCUCGGGGUUAGAAUACUUCAAUACUUUUGGUGGCAACCCAGUAUCUUGUGCAAUUGGUUUGGCUGUCUUGGAUAUAAUAGAACAGGAAGAUCUACAAGGUAAUGCCACACACGUUGGAAACUACCUCUUUGGACUACUCAAGGAACAACAGAAAAAACACUCAUUGGUGGGAGAUGUCAGAGGUGCUGGCUUAUUUAUUGGUGUGGACCUUGUGAAAGAUCAAAUAAGGAGAACACCAGCUACUGCUGAAGCCCAGCAUAUCAUUUACAAGCUGAAAGAAAGGAAGAUCCUUCUGAGUGCAGACGGGCCUUACAGAAAUGUCUUGAAGUUUAAGCCACCCAUGUGCUUCAGCAUGGAAGAUGCAAAGUUUGUAGUUGAUCAAAUUGACGAGCUCCUUACAGAUUUAGAAGAAGCCACUCAAAUCAGGGCUAAAAACAAUCUAUCUACAAAUACUCAGUCUAAAAGAAAAUUGCCUCCUUGUGGGAGUUCCCAGUUAGAAUCCAACAAUGAAAACAUCAGUCCAAUUAAUGGAAACAUCUGCAGACAUGAAAAUGGGUUUUCUGGUGAAAGCCAUGCAAUGCCUUGUAAAAGAAUUAGGACGUGAAACGGAAGGAUUUCCUGUGCAGCUGAUGGUGUUUAAAGAAAAAUGGCUUCAGACUACUAUUUCUUAUAAUUUUAUUUUAUUUUUUAAUUUUUGAUUUAUAUGCCGCCCUUCUCCGGAGACUCAGGGCGGCUUACAAUGCGUUAAGCAACAGCCUUCAUACUUUUGUAUAUUUAUACAAAGUCAGCUUAUUGUCCCCACAAACUGGGUCCUCAUUUAACCUACCUUAGAAAGGAUGGAAGGCUGAGUCAACCUUGAGCCUUGGAGAGAUUCGAACCUGCAGAAAUUGCAGGCAGCUGUGUUAAUAACAGGGUGCAUUAAACCACUGUACUACCAAGGCUCUUAUAUAUAAUUCAUUAUAUAUGAUAGAGAAAUACCCAUUUUUACCUAUGGUCAACAUUUGGAGCAUCCGGUUUUGCAAUACUAUUUUAUUAGACAAAAUUAGUAUUGCCUUCUUUGCUUGAGAUGCCACGGAUACAUUUUGACUCGCCGUUUGACAUUUCAGUGAGCAAAUUUAAAUAUUAAUGAUGCGUCACAUUUUAAUGAUGAACGUAUAGUCCUAUGCCUUACAAACAUAUAACUUGCACAUCUCGAAAGUCGUCAAACAAAAGGACACAUAGAAGAAUCUAUGAUGGUGGGUACAUUUUUAAGACUUAUGAAAUUAAGUCCCACCAAAAAGCCUCCUUCUGAUUUGUGAAUCAGAUGGUAGGUUUUGUUGUGUUUGUAUUUGUGUAUAUAUGAAAGAGAAAAUAAAUUGUGAUUCCUUAUGUAUACAAUAUGGAAAAUAACAUGGCUUAUACUCAAUGUUGGAUUUGUAUUAGUAUAAUGUAGCAUGAUAAAACCUCAUUAAACUUGACUAAACAUUUUGAUGUCCUAUGACAUUUAUUGUAUACAUUUUAGCAGAUGUUUGUCAAUUGUUUCUUUAAUGUUAUCAGUAUUCUUUAUUCUUUUUCAAAGAAUAAAAUUAUCUAACCAUGGAA